AUGACUUCGCUGGAGCUACAAGAGCGAAGCCUAGCAGUUGUUAUCGUCGAGUCAACUGCAUGUCUCACAAUGAACAUAAUAAGUGUAAUAGGGAACACUUUGGUAUGUUUCGCCGUGUACAGGAACCCUAAGCUUCGAUCUACAAUCAAUCUGUAUAUCAUUGCGUUGGCAACAAGCGAUCUUCUUUGUGCAACAGUAGAAAUGCCACUGGCAUCGGUAACUUUGAUUACCGGUCGGUGGAUGUUCGGCGACGCCUUAUGCUGGUUUCAAGGGUUUGUUGAUGUAUUCAUCACAUAUGUAACUCCUGCGACUAUGGGUUUGACGGCGUUCAACAGAUAUAUGCGGAUUGUCAAAACUCAUAGCUACAAUAAGAUAUUUUCACCUUGCAAGUCUAAAACUUGGUUGAGUAGCUUGUGGAUAACCAUAGCGCUCUACAUCAUUUUGGGGCAAAUAACAAACUUUAACAGUUUUGAAUUCAUUCCUGGUUUCGCAGUUUGCAGCGUGGUUUUUAUGUCAGCAGAGAGUCGAUUCGCUCACUACUGUGUUCUAUUCGCGCUGAGUUUGGUCUUCCCACUUUCCAUCGCUUGUUAUAGCUAUUAUAAAAUUUUCACUAAAACCCUUAAACACAACAAUGACGUUGCGCCUUCGCUGGAGACGAACGUGAACAGAUUUGGAAAAGUUUCGGUGCAAGAGAUUAAGGUUUGCCGAGCCUUAGCGUUUAUUAUAGCUGGCUUUUUACUAAGUUGGGUUCCCAUGUGGGCGUUUUUGUUUUGGAUGCGCUUUUCGCGCGAGACAGCCCCUAGAGGCAUACAGUUGGCGGCGAUACAACUUCUUUUUCUUAGCAGUACAAUUAACCCCUUUAUCUACGCUGCCACUAAGCGAGCUUUUCGAAAUGAAUUCUACAGAAUGCUGUGUUGGUGGAAAAAGAGACGUAUCCAAGGUUCCGAUCUGGCUGUUGAAGGACUCAAAGUGACUAGAGCAAAUGAAAAAAGAGACCAAGAGUUGGAAACGAACAUGUAAAUUAUCAACUGUGGCACUUGAAAUUCAUGUAAUGAAGCCCUUUCAGUUAAAUGUUAGAUAACUUAUAAAUAUUUACAAUAUACUAAAUUAAAGUUUGAAUUGGCGUUAACCCUCCCCAUGACCUAUUUUGUUCCACCAGCCCAACCUACCAUUUAACGCCCCCACUCCCAUAGAAAAGGAAACAAAAAUUUGCAUGAAAAUCCUGAACCGCAAAAUUUUCAAAUAAACUCACUUUCCCAAUUUCAUCCCAGAGCAGGUAAUUAAAACUUAAAUGAAAACAGAGGCCAAGAAUUGGAAACGAACAUGUGAAUUAUCAACUGUGGCAUUUGAAAUUCAUGUUUGUUAUCUUUAAUUAAAGCAAUGUUCUGUGACUCAUCAUUAUCAUAAUGACUAAGUGUUAGUGAUCUAGAGCGACCACAGAAUUUGUCGCCAAAAUUCACCUAGAACGUGACAAAUUUUGUUUUAAUUCAACACACCUUUUAAAAAUUAAUGAGUUACAUCUAAGUUUUUUUCAGUGAUAGACAAUGCUGUAUAUGCAUAAUUUUUCGAACUUUUUGAAUUUAAAAUAGUUCACUGUUAUUCCCACAAAAACUUAACAAAUUGGUCCUUCACAGGUUCCUAAAUAGCUCAUUCCAGACAAAAUUAAUUAACGAUCUAAAUUUACAAAGAUGGUGGAGCUUACUCGACAGCAAACGACUGGAAAAGAAAAAUCCCAAGUAGGUCUUUUAAGACAAUUGCGAUCAUGCAUCAGUACCUUGGUGACACCGAGUGAUUAGUUUAG